AAACCUUCAAGUUUGUUAUUCAGUUGAAAACUUGCUCACACUCAAGCCACACACACCCCCGCAUUGUUCGAAGGGUUUACACUUGUACACUUGCAUUACACUUAAAAAAAUAUAAAAAAAGGAAACAUAAAUACCUUAAACACAAAACAUGGCGAACGUGAACGAUCCAACAGUCAAGGGCAUCCUCAAGGCGUCUGGAACUUAUACCAAAAACUAUGACCUCGACUUAAAGACCGCCAAGUUCGACGAGGUGAACAUCAUGAACACCUUCCAUCCAGUAGGCAAGGACUACGGGCACAUGAUUAUUGAUGAGCCCAAGACCCCAUGGGUCUGUGAGGAUGAUCUGCCCAAGGAACUGGACACGAAUGUGCUAAUCGAGAAGCUCCGCAUGACUUCGAAGACAGAAAUGCCGGCUUUCGGCAUAGACGGCGACUCUGAGGAUUCUUCAGCGGAUGAGGAUUACCCAGAGUCCCUAGAGGAAAAGGUGCGGCGCACGGAGUUUGAGAGACGCCGGAAACUACACUACAAGGAAUUCUUCUCCGUGCCUCUCGCACGGCGGCUCAUCUCCGAGGAGUUCUCCGAGUGGACCAGCGAGUCCAGCUCUCACAGCCAUCAGGGGGAGGAAUCGAUGCCCUGCUCGGAGGUCUGUCCCGAAAGCGAGCUUGGAAUCUUGAAUGCUCACACCCCACCUAGCUCCUUUGCUAAUACCCCCUCCUCGGGGCAUGGAGACCUGACGCCACAGCCAGACGUGGAGCCUGGCUUUGAUCCCUCGCAUCCGUGCUACCACAAGCUAGUGGCUGAGAUCGACCUCGACAACCGAAUGGAGUCUCUGAGCCACCUGCACACCAUACCCUCGGGCUCCAGCCACCAAAUGAUUGUUGUGCCCCAGACCACUGCCCGGCCCACCACCAUCUUAACGGAUCGCAAGUCGAUGGAUCCCUUCGGCGGUGAACCGAAGGCGCGCGUCUGUCACGCCAACUUCCCAGAUAUUCCGAACACCAAACGCGCAUCCUAAGUCGCCCAGGCGGCUGUUUUUCAUAGCUUUGGUCUUUUUCUAAAAGAAAGAAAUUUAGAAGUUAGGAGACGACUAUGUCAAUCAAUAAAUAGCUUUGGCUAGAAGCAGCCAACCUGGUUAA